CUGAGUAUCCGGGGAGCCCAGGAAGAGGAGCCCACAGACCCCCAGCUGAUGCGACUGGACAACAUGCUGUUGGCAGAGGGCGUGGCAGGGCCUGAGAAAGGAGGAGGAUCGGCGGCGGCUGCGGCCGCAGCAGCAGCAUCCGGAGGGGCUGGCUCAGACAAUUCCGUGGAGCAUUCUGACUACAGAGCUAAACUCUCGCAGAUCCGACAGAUCUACCACACGGAGCUGGAGAAAUAUGAACAGGCAUGCAACGAAUUCACCACCCACGUGAUGAACCUCCUGCGCGAGCAGAGCCGGACCCGGCCCAUCUCACCAAAGGAGAUUGAGCGGAUGGUCAGCAUCAUCCACCGCAAAUUCAGCUCCAUCCAGAUGCAGCUCAAGCAGAGCACGUGCGAAGCCGUCAUGAUCCUGCGCUCCCGAUUUCUAGAUGCGCGGCGGAAGAGACGAAACUUCAACAAGCAGGCUACGGAAAUCCUGAAUGAGUAUUUCUAUUCCCAUCUCAGCAACCCUUACCCUAGUGAGGAAGCCAAAGAAGAGCUAGCCAAGAAGUGCGGCAUCACAGUCUCACAGGUAUCAAACUGGUUUGGAAAUAAGCGAAUCCGGUACAAGAAGAACAUAGGUAAAUUUCAAGAGGAAGCCAAUAUUUAUGCUGCCAAAACGGCUGUCACUGCUACAAAUGUGUCAGCCCAUGGAAGCCAAGCUAACUCACCCUCAACUCCCAAUUCAGCUGGUUCUUCCAGUUCUUUUAACAUGUCAAACUCUGGAGAUUUGUUCAUGAGCGUGCAGUCACUCAAUGGGGAUUCUUACCAAGGGGCCCAGGUUGGAGCCAACGUGCAGUCACAGGUGGAUACCCUUCGCCAUGUUAUCAGCCAGACAGGAGGAUACAAUGACGGGCUCGCAGCAAGUCAGAUGUAUAGUCCGCAGGGCAUCAGUGCUAAUGGAGGUUGGCAAGAUGCUACUACCCCCUCAUCAGUGACUUCCCCCACAGAAGGCCCUGGCAGCGUCCACUCUGAUACCUCCAACUGAUCUCCCAGCAAAUCGCAUCCCUGGCUGACCCCAGCCCCACUCAGGGCCGGGGGUGGGAGGGGAGGGUGCUCUCCUGACACUGAAGCAGUCAGACUGGAGGUGGAACCAAUCGGCUAAACACAACAAGAGUCGCCUUCUCUUCUCUUUGUCGGGAUGCUUUUUUCAGCCAAUCUGGACACUUCUUUAUACUCUUUUUUCCCUUUCUUUUCUGGGCAGAAGCCACCUCUCCCCUCGCCACCACUCCCGCCCCAACCUUCUCCCUGAAGGAUAUUUUCAACAGUUAGAAGAAUUUAAAGAGGGGG